AUGGUCUCUGAUUCUUCAAUUGUCUGCGUCUGCACUCUGCCGCGGUUCUGCCGCGGUCGCGGUGAAACCGCGGGUUUUCAUCCUGUUCCCUUUAGAUUUCAGGCAGCUGGUGUUCCCAAGAAACUAGCACCAACCAUCGGCAUUGCUGUUGAUCAUCGCCGCAGGAAUAGAUCCUUGGAAGGUCUCCAAACCAAUAUCCAGAGGCUUAAGACUUACGAGGCUAAGCUUGUCAUCCUUCCUAGGCGUGCUAAGAAAGUCAAGGCCGGUGAUUCUAGUGCAGAGGAACUUGCUACUGCCACCUGGGUCCAUACAUGCCUGCUUAUUACUAGGGAGCAACUAGCUGUUGACCUUGUCAAGGUCCCAGAUGAGAUGAAAUCAUUCAAUGCCUAUGGCAAGCUGCGUAUCGAGCGUACAAAUGCACGACACAUUGGAGCCAGGCUGAAGAGAGCAGCUGAAGCAGAGAAGAAAUAA